AAAAUUGGAUUGUGUGAGUGAAAGGUGUUUAUCAGAAGCUGAUGACUCCGGAUCUUAUCAUCCUGGAGGACAGCGCAGAAUAGUUAAUAUGUUCCUUGAGGGACUAGGAUGCUGACGUCUUUUACUGAUACCGGAUCAUUACGUGACUGGGGAAAAAAAAGGAAGUCAUAUCAUGAAUAAAAAUCGGAGUGCAACAGUGCAACCAAAAUAUUCUGUACUUGAAGGCAAUUGCAGACAGAUGUUGACAAAGAGGUGUCUCCUGAAACCACGUUCGGAUAGCUUUUUUUGUUAACUGCAUAUAUAAAUACGAGCAGAAGGCCAGUCACCUCUGUCAGCAGCAGAAGAAGCAGCAUCUUCAGACGCAGCCUGAGACCUCGGAGCAGAGAAGGUGCCUCCGACUCCCGACUCCCGCAAGCUGCCUGAUCUUCUCUCACAGAGGCCGGCAGCUCUGGCCUUCUCCCUUUCCAUCCUCCCUUUUCCCUUGACUUUCCCUCUUUUCUUACCCAUUAGCUUCUUCUCCCGGUGGACUUAAGUCCACUCUGCUCCCCCUCCCUUUGGCUGCUCGCCUACUCUGUCUUCUACAUCUCUCUCCUCGCCCACUUCCUUCGGUGUCACGCUCCCUCCUAGUUUUGUGCGUCUACAAAGUUUUGAGCGGAAUUUUAGCCUCAGCAAACAAGUCCCCCCAGCUCUUUCAGCCAAUUCCCGCGGCUUCUCUCCAGACACCAGCUCCAGACAGUGACUGAUGCCUCUCGGGCUGUGAUUCCAGCGCAGAAACUCGAAGGAGCCCUUUGCCCGCCGUCCUACUUAGUCAACCCUUUCCUAGCCGCGAAUGACCAUGUGUAGCGGAGCAAGGCUAGCCCUGCUGGUCUAUGGGAUAAUAAUGCAUAGCAGUGUCUCCUGUUCACCUGCUGCCGGACUCAGCUUCCCUGGGAUCAGACCUGAAGACGAGGCUUACGACCAGGACGGAAACCCGCUGCAAGACUUCUACGACUGGGACCCUCCGGGCGUGGGGAGCCCCGCCUCCGUGCUGCGUGACGCUUACGCCCUUUACUACCCAGCGGACAGGAGAGAUGUCGCCCACGAAAUCCUUAACGAAGCCUACCGAAAAGUCUUGGACCAGCUGUCCGCCAGGAAGUACCUGCAGUCGGUCGUGGCCAGGGGCGUGGGGGAGAACCUGGGCGGAGGAGCGGUGGACGACCGGGCACCCCUUACCAAACGCCACUCGGACGGCAUCUUCACAGAUAGCUACAGCCGCUACCGAAAACAAAUGGCUGUCAAGAAAUACUUGGCAGCCGUGCUAGGAAAAAGGUAUAAACAGAGGGUUAAAAACAAAGGACGCCGAAUAGCGUACUUGUAGCGAUGAGUUGCCAGCUACCAUGUGUAUAAAAUCAAAAGUCAUUUUCCAAAGUGACUGACCAGUCAUCACUCAUGUGUUCUUUCCAAACAUGUAUUUAUGUAUCAAGUAAAGCCAUUAAAUGACUAUUUUGAUAAUAAUACUGUUUUUCUUUUUACGAAGCACUAGAGAAUGCACAGAUAUACUUUGUGGACCAAUUAUUGAUAUAUAUUAUAAGUAUAUAUAUUAAGAAUAUAUAUAACAGAGCAAUUCAUAAGUGUGCACAAGGAUUGAAAAUUCGCCUGAGCUGUUUAUGUUUUUAUAUAAAAUGAAUAGAGAAAAUAGACAACCAUUGUUUUGAAUAUUACUCCUAUUUUUGUAAACUGGAAUUAAAGGAUAGUAUUUUUAUCCACAACGGGGUAGAAGAAACCAAUAAUGGCUAUUUGUACAAAAAACAAUGAUGCCCUGCUCCAGGGGAAUUCUGAGGUAAUGACUUGGGGAAUUGCUGAAGGGCUUUCUUUUCCUGUGAAUCUCUGGGGCAGGCUGCUUGAACCCCAGCCUAACUAACUCAAGUGGGCAUUGUCUCACUGGUUGCGGGGCAAUUCCAACACUUUCAUUUUCUUUGAUUAUACUUUUAUGUGUAUUUGUCUCUCCUCAGACUCUCAGCCCAGAAGGAAAUUCUAAUUAAACAACAGCUCGAUCCAAAUUGUGCUUCUCCCCAGAAUUCAUGUCAUUCCCUGGGAGAAGAGUUGAGGAACUGUACAGAGGAGACCGGCUUGGAGAGAAAGCUCUCUUUUCUGUACUUCCUGAUUCUUCAGGGAACCGACUAUCCUAAGGCUAGGGCAAUUGGAACAAAGUGAAAGAUGCAGAGGGGAUUGGAAAAGGCAGAGAGCAUGGGGUGCGGAGGAGGACCCUGUAGGGGGACUGUUUUGAGAGUUGCCUCAAGUCUGAGAAUCUGGGGCAAGUCUAGCCCCUCUGCAGGUUCCACUGCCUGACAGAUCAGGUGCUGGUGGUGGAAUGGAUGCAAAGUACAAUGUGUUUUUCUCCAGUGCUGUCCAUGCUUUUCAUGUUGUGAAAUAGCCAGGAUCCUCCCCUUUGAACACUGCUCUGCAGAAGCCACCUCUGUUCUUUGUGGUUUUUCUGGAGACCCUCCUUUUCACCCUUGCCCUCCUGCAUUGUUUUAGAAUCGUUUGCCAUUUUCCACUCACUUAUCUUAAAUUUGUGAAUGCUACUUAUUUUUUGUUGUUGUUUGAUGCAAGCAAUUACUGUGAAGUUUAGGAACCCUUGUGUAGCUACCACAGAGUAAUUAUGCACUAAAUAUGAACCUUUUGUUUCUUGUUUAUUGAGUUUGUAGGUAAAAUGUAUUUUUCUAUAUUAUGGCUUAUUGCUUAGUAAAAUUUAUUUCAUAAAACCAAUCUCUGUCAUAUUAGAAUGUGUAGUGUUCCAAUGCUGCUCAGUUUGACUGAUAAAUCAUUUAAACCCCAUCUUCAUAUGUAUGAGUACUAUCUUAUAUUUGUUCUCAAGAAUGAUGGACGGAGGAUCCCAUACCCCACCCUUGUAUCCUGUCGGCUAAAAAACGCAUGUCUGUUUCUCGUCAAUUUCUUGAACAUAUAUGGAGUAAUCUUUAUACACAAAAGAACCUUCACCUACCAACCAGAUCAAGCAGCAACAAACCAGCCAGCCUCUCAAAUUUUAGGCA